GGCCAUUGGUGUUGUGAUUUGUGCUUUUCUUACAUGAGAAUGGUUCAGUCCAGUGGUUUGUUUCUGAUCAACACUGAAUUAAAUGAAAAUUGCCUUGAUGUCUAUUAAAAUGUUAGACAUUUCCAUUAAUAAUCUUCAUUUAAUUUUAUCUGUGUAGCUCUUGCCUCUCGUUGUUUACAGCUUAUUGUGCACUACAUUCCCAAAAUUAGGCUGCACUUUGAAAGUCGGCUCCAGCCAAAGCAAUACAAUAUGCUGAGGCACUUUGACCACAUCACAAAGGAUUAUAAUGACCAUAUAUCUGAGAUCUUGGCAAAGCUUGUUGCAAUCAUGGAUAGCCUCUGUGACAAAACGUUGUCAAAGUAUGAAGUGAAAGCACCAGUGCCAUCUGCUUGUUUCCGAAAUGUCUGCAAACAAACAGCUAAAAUGCAUGAAGCUAUACACGAUGUCUUACCUGCGGAACAAACACAGGUUGGCCAUUUUCUACAGUAAAUGUUUCUAUUCUACAAUGAAAAGUUGGACAUUAAAAUAGCCCAUUAAAUAGAAGCAUAACAAAUAGUUCAUUUCUUUCCUGAUGAGAAGAAGCAAUAUUUAUUUAACGUUUUAUUAAAUUACAAAGUGUUAUAUUGGUCCAUUAUUCCUUUUGGGUGUCAGAAUUUAAAUAGUUAUUUCACUUUCUCUAAUGAUGGUGACACUCCACUGAUGGGGCUCUGUUGUUUAAUUCUUUAUAAUGGACUCUAGCAUUUCUCCAUCAUCAAUGUCAAGUUAGCCACCUAUAAUUCCCUUCUUUUCUCUCUGCCUUUUUUAAAUAGUGGGUUACAUUAGCGAUCCUCUAAUCCACAGGGUCUGUAGAAUCUUGAAAGGAGAUCACCAAUGCAUAAACUAUUUCUAGGGCCACUUCCUUAAAUACACUGGGAUGUAGAUUCUGUCCGUGGGGAUUUAUUGGCCUUUAACUCUAUCAAUUUCCCCAACACCAUUUUCAUACUAAUACUGAUUUCCUUCAGUAACUCCUUUCACUUAUGUUCCCCAACUUUUUUGAAACACAUUUUGUGUUCUCCAUUAUAACUUCUCUCUUUCUGACUGUAAGGGACCUAUAUUUGUCUUCAUAAAUCUAAUUCUCUUCACGUACAGAGUGAUUACAAAAGAUUUUUUAUGUUCUCUGCAAGAUUUCCCCCUCUUCUUUCUCAAUCCCUUUCUCUUUUUUUGCUGAAUUCUGAACGUGCUCCCAAUCCUCACAUCUGUUACUUUUUUGGCCAAUUUGCAAGUCCCUCGACAGCCUGAAGGAUAAAAUAUUUUAAUGUGCCCUGGUUGAAUUGAUAUUAUUUGAGGCAUGGUUCCAACAGCAGAAACUAACAUGGCUGCAGGACAAGUUUGCACAAUUACUUAAGUUCCAAAACUCUGGUAAAUUGAAAUGAUGGUUUUUCUUCCUGUCUAAACAAUUAAUAUCUAUUGAAAUAUUUAAAUAAGAUUAAUCUACCAAAGGCCACUGUAACCUUGGUUGCUCAUUUACAAGCAAAGGUUGUGUAAGAAUUUCUAGCUGUAUGUUAGUUGUGUGUAUGUAAAAAGCUUUUAAAAUUGUUCCUGAAACUUCACUGCAAGUGUUAUUCGUCUGAAAAAUUGCAUACUGAUUUGUUUCCAUAAAGAAGCCAUCAUUUUGCAGCUUGACUUACUUCCGUUCAAAGACCAUGAUUGUUUCUAAACAUUAGCCCCAAGGCCUUGGGGGUCUUCAUGGUCUUGGAAAGGUUUUCAUCGAUUGAUUCAGAGACCUUUCGGUCAUAAGAAACUAUUAAUGGCCUUCUGCUAAUUUCAGUCAAACUUCAAAGGAAAGUGCACUAAAGCUUUGCUGAGGAUGGUACUUGUGCUGUGGCUCUCCAUGGACUAAGAACAUGAUUAUCCACUAGCUGUAAACAUUUGGCUUGAUUCAUUCAGCAGAUUAGACUCAGUGCAGCUUGAGAAAGUGAAUUAUUUAGCUGAUCCUGGCAUGGCGUGGCCUGGCACCUAGUUGUGUCAAUGUUCAGAGCUUCUCUCCAGCCCUUGUGUAGAGUGUGGAACCUGGCAGCACUCAGGCUAGUGAGUGAAAUGUGUUGGUGAUUAGCAGGGGGCGUGCCAAACAGGGCACGGUUAAGAAAGAAGGGGAUUAAAUCCAACAUUCUUCACCAAUCACAUUGUCACUUUCCUGAGAUAGAUGUAGAUAGCAGCAUGGCAACCUUGUUCUUUGUUUUUUGUUGUUGCAGAUAUUUAUGCACUGGUAUGAAAUAAUGCAUAGAAUCAUCCAGUAUGGAAGAGGCUCUUUGGCCCAUCUAGUCUGCAUUGACAGAAACUAUUUUAAAUCUACACUGAUAACAUGGGCCCAUUUGUUUAGUACAACUCUGUUCAGUUGCAAACUACUCCACAGAGCAUGGAGAUAUGCUAAACGUUCUUUUUUUUACAACUAGGCAUUUUUAUUAUAAAGUAAAAGCAUUCUCCAGGUAUUACAUUGGAUUCUCCAGAUCAGCCAUUUAAAUGCACUUCAUUUGUAAGAUUAAUUUCAGCAAUUAUCUAUUCAGUGUAGUGUAACAACGCGACUUCCAGUGUUCACAUGAAGGGUUGGCGUAAUGCAUAUUUUAUUCUUGAGUUAUUUGUGUAUUUGCAGUCAGUUCCUCUUCAGUAUAAUUCCUUUCUCUGAUGUAGCACUGCUCGAAUCUCUAAGAGACCUUAUUACGCAUGAAUCCACAUUUCAAAACUGGUGCAGUUGUGGCCAAAGCAAAUGAAUCUUCCCUCACCUACUUGCCCAUUCCUUAAGACAUUGAUGCUGAUUGGGUUUACAUUCUUGUGGGUGAGACCCACACCUGCCACACAUGUUCAUAUCCUGAUGAU